GACGCACAGCCCGACGCACAGCCCAGCGCCGCGCCCGCUGCCGGGCGCCCCUCCGCCUCGGGAGCGGCGCCGGGCGCACAGCCCGGCGCCAGGCCCGAGGCCGAGCGCCGUGCCCCACGCAGCGACGCCCGCUCCGGCCAAGGAGUCGAAGGAGAUCCCCGCCCCGACCGCCCGCCCUGAACCCGUGCCGUUGCCCACGCCUCAUGCAGAACCGACGCCUGCCCCGAGGAAAGAAGAAGAAGACGAUGUGCCGACGCAGGCACCGACCAGGAGGUCCGCGCCAGCUCCGUCGCACCCGAGCGUUAGCCAGACGUCCGGCCCGAGAAAGGUGACGAAGGGACCCGUGCCAUCGCCCACGCCUCAUGCAGAACCGACGCCUGCCCCGAGGACAGAAGAGGACGUACCAACGCUUCCCCCGACCAGGAGGUCCGCGCCCGCUCCGAGGCGUCCCAGUGUUGAACCCACGUCCGGCCCGAGAAAGGUGACGAAGGAGCCCGUACCACUGCCCACGCCUCAUGCCAAAAUGACGCCUGCUCCGAGAAAAGAGGACGACGUACCUACGCUUCCCCCGACCAGGAGGUCCGCGCCCGCUCCGACGCGUCCCAGCGUUGAACCCACGUCCGCCCCGACGAAGGUGACGGAGGAGCCCGUGCCUUUGCACACGCGCGACCCAGAUCCGACACCGUCUCGGACGACAGAAAGUAAGGAAUCGGCGCCCACCCCAGCAAGCUUGCCCACGCCAGCUCCGACGCAUCCAAGCUCGAACCCGACGCCCGCCCAGACAAAGGUGACGAGGGAGCCUGUGCCAUCGCCCGCGCCCAGUGCAGAGCCUGCGCCCCCUCCGAAGGAAGCAGUCCAGGCGCCGACGAGGUGGUCCGCGCCAGCCCCGACGCGCCAAGGCCACGACCCGACGCCCGCCCCGACGAGGGUGGCGCAGGAGCCCGCGCCGCCGGCCGCGCCCGACGCAGCCUCGACGCCUGCUCCGACGAAGGGGGGCCACCGCGCGGCCCCGGGCCGCCCGAGACCCCGCCCGGCCCCGCGGCCCGCGCCGCGGCCCCCCCCCGCCGCGCCGCGGGCGCUGCCCACGCCGGCGCCGACGGCGGCCGAGCCCCUGGCGGUGUACCCGGUGUGCAUGUGGGGCAAGUGCGACGCCGGCCACUGCGGGCAGCAGACGUGCCUGCGGCCCAGCUGCGACGGUGGCGGCUGCGACCAGCGCGGCUCCUUCGAGCCGACGUGUACGGCCGGCCGCUGCGACCAGCGGGGCGCCGUGCGGCCCUCGUGCGCGGGCGGCAAGUGCAGGCAGCAAGGACCCUCGAGGCCCGGGUGCGGAGGCGGGCACUGCCCCACCUGAGGGCCUCCCGCGCCACCUCCCUCGGCCGCUCACUCCGGAGGUCCUCUCCUCUAGGCCUUUCGAUCCCCUGCCCCGCCCGAGGGCCCGUUUGAAGCGGCCCCCGUUGGCCUCGUCCAAUCGGAGGCGGGGGUGGAGCAGAGGCGGCCUCUGCCACCGCCCAGGGGGGCCACGCCUACAGGGGACAUGCUCGACCUAACACCAGGGGGACCCCGCCUGGUUCUUCCAGCCGCUCGCGCUCUUGGUCCCUGGUGGUGGUGGAGGUGCCGAUUUUCUGUAUUCCUAACAGAAGCGGAGUUGUUCAAUACGUGGGCGAUGCCUUGCUGGAAGUUGUCCACUUGUAACACCGCUCGCUCCUACAGGGGGAGCACUUUGAAGCGAGUCCUGAUCUUCUCGCCCGUAAGCUCCAAGACAAAGCAAAACUUAGGAUCACCC